AUGAUCCCAAAAUAUCAACUGCUCUUCAGGAUUAUCCUCUGUCUGAUUCUAGCAGGCGCAGUUGCAGGCAAUAUUCCCGAGUCUGUAAAGGGUCUGACUGGAGAGCUGGGUGCAGCCCGCAUCAAUGGUGGCCAAUUGAUGAACGAAUCGGUGCCGUUUCAGGUCUCCAUGCAGAUGCUGCGCCGUGGACGCUGGCGGCACUUCUGCAGCGGCUCCAUCGUCAGCGAGCAGCAUGUCCUGACGGCGGCGCAUUGCGUGGACAAGCUGCAGGUGGGCAACUCGAGCGUGCUGGGCGGCACAGUCAACUGGCAGCUGGAUGGACGCCAUCGGCACAGAAUUGUGGCCAAGCACGUGGAUCCGCAGUAUACUAUGAGUCCGCGCAUCAACAAUGACAGCUGGGGCUCCAUAACACCCACCAACUAUCAGACCAUCUCGAAUGAGGAAUGGUCCGUUGGCUUUCGCGUCACACCCAACGAGAUUUGAGCACUCUCAGCGCCCGGCUAGGGCGCCUGCGCGUUAGACUGAAGAUUUGCUCUGCUUAAUUCGACUACUGGCAUUUCCGACCAAUAGGGUGACUCGGGUGGUCCACUGAUCUUGACGGCCAGCGGCCGUCCACGGCAGCUGGUGGGCAUUGUGUCCUAUGGCAGCGUCACCUGCACACAGGGCAAGCCCGAUGUCUAUACGUGUGUCUCCAGCUUUUUGCCCUACAUCAACAAGAUCCUUAGCCAGGAUCUGGCCCAGGCUACGAAUAAGCGAUAA